CAUGUUGUUCCAUUGACGGUCUUUCUGCUCGACUCAACAAGUUGCCAGAGAUUAUUUUAUCUAACAGCUGUGUCUCCAGGUUUCUGCUUUGGUGGAAGAUGGCAAUGAUGGUCGUUUUGGCAGCAGUGCUUCUCACUUAUGGAGUCUCUCCAGGAAUUGCAAUGAAGACCGGUCGAUCUGGUGCUGUAGCUGGGAAAGACAGUGUGCUUCCACUGGACAUGGCCCAAAACUCUGUUGAUGACAUGUACAAUGGGUGCCAACAAGCAAUGAAGGAGAAGGUAAAAAAAGAAUACCUGCAGAAUGAGAAGGAAGCCGACAAAGCGUUCAGAGAUAUCUGGGACAAAUCAGUGAGCGAUGUACACAUACCAUUUUGGAGAUGGUUUACCGAAGUACUGAAAAAAAAACAGAUUGUAGCUGUUCGUACUUACACUGACGACAGCGUGUUUCGUGAUUUCAACGAUGCAGUUCAAACCCAGGGACCUCAGUACAAGACCACAUUCAGGUAUCACGCACUUCACUUUCUCCUGACUACUGCCAUUCAAAAGUUAAGAGCCUCUGAGGGAAAGGAAUGUCCCACUGUCUACCGUAGAGUCAACGAGUACUUUAGCCAAGAUGUUGAAAACAAAGAGAUUCGCUUUGGCCGUUUCACCUCAGCCUCACAGGGUGGUUACGCCGAUAAAAUGUUCGGAGAAAAGUCAUGCUUUGAGAUUUUCACCUGCAUGGGAGCAGAUAUCUCUCGCUAUUCUAAAUAUCUGAACGAAGCAGAAGUGCUGAUUCCUCCCUAUGAGGUCUUUAAAGUCGUAAAGAUAGAGAGGCCAACUACGAAGAGUCCAUGUGAGGUGGUCUAUAAAGUGAAGAGUACAGAGAAUUAUGUUUCCAAGUUGAAUUGUGCUCUUGUUCCGAAGUAAACACUUUCACGUUUUACAUACAGUUAACAAAACAUGUAAAAUGUAGGAUGCACCAUUUUAAGUACUGCAAAUGAUCUGUAAUCAAGAUGAAUGUGAAUGUGGAUUUAUUUGUUAACAAUGACGUUUCUCGACAAUCUCAAAUUGAGCUGUAGAUUUUCUACUGUGCAACAAGUGUUUAAGAGAAAUAAACACUAGCUGCAUAAACAUGGACCCUUACAAUUGUGUCAUUGUUAAACUGGAUCUGUAUCAAAAUGUUUAAAUGAAUAACAAGAAUUUAAAUGUUGGAAUACAUUAUAUU